CCGCACGGGAUGGCUGGGAGGGAAGGGGUCCGGCGUCGGCCGGCUGCAUCCCCUCGCGUCCCCCUCCGCCGCCGCUUCUCAGGCCGCUCCACCCCCGGAGCCCCUUCCCCGGCCCCGAGAGGGUGUCCGGGGGCCCCGGGCCCGGCCGGCUGUGGGGAAGGGGGCUGAGUGGUCUCGGUCCCCGAGAGGGGAGGGGCGACAAUUUCUGUCGGCCGAACGAAAGGGGUUUAAAGGGCGGCUCUUAAAGGAGCCGCAGGAGGGGCCCGGGCCGACCGAGGCACGCACCCCUUCCCCAGCCCCCUUCCAUUGCGCUCAUCCGGGCGCUGGGCCCAGAGAGGAAUGCGGAGGAAAGAGGCAUUUGUGGGGCGGCCUCGGGGACAGAGCCCCGCUAGGGUUGUGGGCGCAGCGGGGCGGGCAGGGGUCUGGGGGUGUGAGCGCUGGCGCGCGGAGCUGGGGGGAGGGGAUGGCGUGGGAAGUAGAGGGUUAAAGGUGGGGCCGGCCUUACAAACGCGCGCACACACUCCUUACUCAGACCCAGUCACUCGCGUUUCCCUGGCACUUAGAUGGGCCUGUGGGUGGCGGGGGAUGGCGGGGGAUUGAAUUGGAGCUUGCGCCGGAGCCCUUUGCAUCCCAAGCUCCUGCAGCCGGAUCUGGAGGCCCCGCUGUCUGAACUCACAGCUCCCCGCCGAGCCCCCUCUCUGGGGCGCACACACGCUUCAGCGCGCGCACACACCUCGGACAGUCCCCUCGCGUCUCACGUGACACGCGGCCCCAACGUGCCACCCUGCCCACGCGCUCACGCACGCGUGCACACACACCAGCCUCCCGACCGCUGCCCCACUCCGUCCCGACGCCCCUGCGACCCUGAAGGCACUCAUUGACUGACACACCUACACUCAUUCACAGACGCACACUCCCCCCACACGCCAACCCCAGACACACAUUCAUAACCAGGCCCGCGAGAAGUACACACGCACCCCCUCACUGCCUACUCCUGCUUUCGGGAGCCUGAGUCAUUCCUGCCCCCUCGUAGGGUUCCCCAUUUCCCGGCGCGCAGGCACCCUGAGACGGCCUUGGGAAUUCGUUCGCGUCCCCCUCCACCUGGGCCCCCUUCCCCAGUUUGCGCCCCGUGACACUCAGCCAAGGACUUCCUGUGGGUCCCAGGUCAGGGGCCAAGGGGUCCUGGACGGCUGCCACAACCCCGGAGCGCCCGGGGGAGGCGCUUCCUUUUCCUGAACUCUGGGAUCCUGCGGGAGGAAGUGGGGAAGUUGGGCGGGGGUGCAGCCGAGGGCGUGCCGACUGUGGAGAGGCCGACCCUCGCGCAGCUCUGGGCCUUCCUUGGGGAGGAGCUGGGGUGCCAGAGGCCCAGGCUAAGGAGCUUGGCGGCGAGGUAUUUGGGGAAGUAAGGCCUGGGGUGGAGAAGCGCUAAGGACUGGGCGCGGCCCGGCUGGGAAGGCAGCCCUCUCCCAUCCACAGGUCUCCCUGGGUUCUGGCAGGAGCCUGUCCCUGCUGCCGGCCUGGUUUACUUGUCCCUACUUGUCAACACCCUGGCAGCGGGGUCUUCACCUGGUUCCAGUCCGUUUUCCCCAAGGCGGCAGAGAGGAUGGGGCUGAGGAGUCUGGGAAGGGGCCAUGGGAGUCCCCGCUGAGCUUGGGGCAGGAAGCUUUUGAGUUGCAUUUCAGCCCGCCCCAGGGCGUGCAGAGCCAGGGAGAGGGGUACCAGGGACAAACCCUAGACAGACGGCCCUGUCCACGGUUGCUCCUGCUCUCCCAGGAGGCCCUGUGUGGGCCGUGGCCCGGCCCUCGCCAUGGAGUCCAUGUUCGAGGACGACAUCAGCAUACUGACGCAGGAGGCCCUGGGGCCCAGUGAAGUGUGGCUAGACGGUCCCGGAGACCCCUCACUUGGGGACGACAUGUGCUCUGCCUCCCACUUUGCCCUCAUCACGGCUUACGGAGACAUCAAGGAACGGCUGGGGGGCCUGGAGAGGGAGAACGCCACCCUCCGACGCCGCCUCAAAGUCUACGAGAUCAAGUACCCACUGAUCAGUGACUUUGGAGAGGAGCAUGGCUUUUCUCUGUAUGAAAUCAAGGAUGGCUCCCUGCUGGAGGUGGAGAAGGUCAGCCUGCAGCAACGGCUCAACCAGUUCCAGCACGAGAAGAACAAGGAGCAGGAAGAACAGCUUGGAGAGAUGAUCCAGGCCUAUGAGAAACUCUGCGUGGAGAAGAGCGACUUGGAGACGGAGCUUGGGGAGAUGAGGGCCCUGGUGGAGACGCACCUGCGCCAGAUCUGUGGUUUGGAGCAGCAGCUGCGGCAACAGCAAGGCCUCCGGGAUGCAGCCUUCUCUAACCUGAGCCCGCCGCCAGCCCCUGCGCCGCCCUGCGCUGAUUUGGACCUGCACUACCUGGCACUGAGAGGGGGAUCUGGCUUGAGUCAUGCAGGCUGGCCGGGCCCCACACCCAGUGUGAGUGACCUGGAGCGGCGGCGGCUAGAAGAGGCUUUGGAGGCAGCGCAGGGAGAGGCCCGGGGGGCUCAGCUCCGGGAGGAGCAGCUCCAGGCAGAGUGUGAGCGGCUGCAGGGGGAGCUGAAGCAGCUGCAGGAGACCCGGGCCCAGGAUCUGGCCUCCAACCAGUCGGAGCGGGACAUGGCAUGGGUGAAAAGAGUUGGGGAUGAUCAGGUGAAUUUGGCCCUGGCCUACACCGAGCUGACAGAGGAGCUGGGCCGGCUUCGGGAGUUGAGUUCCCUACAGGGGAAAAUCUUGAGGACUCUGUUGCAGGAGCAGGCCCGGAGUGGCGGUGAGAUGGGGCAGGGCAGGGGAGGCUGCGGCGGGACCCGGGAAGGAGCCGGUAGCCAUGGCAACCAUCUCGGUCCUGGGAACCACCCUUUAUUUCCUUUCCUGUGGCCUGGAGUUGGUGGGCAUGGGUCCGGGCAAGCCCCUGGUGCUCCAGUUCUGAGGUCUUCUCUCUGCACUUUUGUCCCCCGACCCCGUCCCGGUUUCUUUUCCAGGCCAGAGGCACUCGCCACUGUCACAGCGCCACUCGCCGGCCCCCCAGUGCCCCUCCCCCUCCCCGCCUGCCCGAGCGGCUCCCCCUUGCCCCCCGUGCCAGUCUCCCGUCCCCCAGCGCCGCUCUCCCGUGCCCCUGUGCCCCUCGCCGCAGCAGCGCCGCUCUCCGGCCUCGCCCUCCUGCCCGUCGCCCGUCCCGCAGCGCCGCUCGCCGGUGCCGCCGCCGUGCCAGUCCCCCAGCCCGCAGCGCCGUUCCCCGGUGCCCCCCAGCUGCCCGGCCCCGCAGCCCCGGCCGCCGCCGCCGCCCCCGCCGGGCGAGAGGACGCUGGCCGAGCGCGCCUACGCCAAGCCGCCCAGCCACCACGUGAAGGCCGGCUUCCAGGGCCGCCGCAGCUACUCAGAGCUGGCGGAGGGCGCGGCCUACAUGGGCGCCUCCCCGCCCUGGCUGCAGGCCGAGGCGGCCACGCUCCCCAAGCCCCGGGCCUACGGCAGCGAGCUCUACGGCCCCGGCAGGCCCCUCAGCCCGCGGCGCGCCUUCGAGGGCAUCCGGCUGCGCUUCGAGAAGCAGCCGUCGGAGGAGGACGAGUGGGCUGUGCCCACCAGCCCGCCCAGCCCGGAGGUGGGCACUAUCCGCUGUGCCUCCUUCUGCGCGGGCUUCCCCAUCCCCGAGUCGCAAGCCGCCACCGCCUACGCCCACGCCGAGCACGCGCAGUCCUGGCCGUCCAUCAACUUGCUGAUGGAGACGGUGGGCUCCGACAUCCGCAGCUGCCCCCUCUGCCAGCUGGGUUUCCCUGUCGGGUACCCGGAUGAUGCCCUCAUCAAACACAUUGACUCCCACCUGGAGAACAGCAAGAUCUAGGGCACCACCCCCACCCACUGGCUGUUUCUCUGUCCUCUCCUGUAACCCCCAAACACUCACUUUGAAUGCUGCAUGAAUUUCGUGGGGGGGUCCUUGCCCCUUGCGACCCCCAGAUACCUCCACUUGCUACCGAGUCAACGUGCGUGCCGUCUUCCCUGGUCCAGGCACCACUCAGCUCUGGCUCUUCCUGGGAGGUCAGUCGAGGCUUCCCCCAUGCUCCUGGUUUCUGCUUGGGAGGUGGGGACUUGGGCUGGGAUGGGGAUGGCAUACCCCUCCCAGGCCUCUCCUUCUGCCUUUCUGUUCUUAAACAGGGUUGGAUCCAAGAAGGUGUCUAGUGCUUGGGCCUGGGGUGGGGGGAAGGUGUUAGAGGACUCCAGGAGCUCCUGCACCCCUCCCCAAAUGUCCAUCUUUUUCAGAUGGGGCUCUGUCUGGGGAGCAUCCACAGGCUGUCUUUGGGGUCUCAGAGCCUGCUCUGAGCACUGACCCCAGUUCCUCCAUCCUGUGGCCAGCCUAGGGCUCAUGGCAUGGGCCCCCAUUGGGGGAGGGAGAUAUCUUGUUUCUUGCCAUUCCCUACAGGCCAGCCCUGUCCUCCUUUCCCUGUUCUGCCCACUCUAGGGAAUAGGGAGGGGUGGAGAGGAGAAGGAGGAUCCUGGAGAACUGGGAAGAUCUAGCAUAAAGAGUCUUCUCUGAGGGCCAAGGCCCUACACCAUGCCCCUAUGGCCAGGGGACUGUCUGCCAGCCUCCCAGACCCAUGCCCUCCUGACGCCCCUGGCACUGAGGCACAGAUUGUGAAGGCAGAUGCCCCCUCAACCCUCCACUGGAGCCUCUGACACCACAGGUGCCCUGGAGCCCUUGUGUGACUCAGCCUCUGUUAACUGGGUGGGUGUCACCAGCCCCUGCCUCCCAGGCCAGAACCUGAGAACGGGCCCAGGGUGCUGUGGAGAUCAACUUCAAAAGAGCUAACCCCUUCCCACACUCCACCCACCCACCUACAUUUCCUCUGUGAAAUCUACCUCAGAGUUGUACCCUCAGAAGGACGGGUAAGCAGGAGGCCAGGGGGUCCCCAGGGCUGAGGUGGGGAGCCUUCUACGGCGAAAGCCUGCCACCCCACAAUGAAUCCACCCUGCUCCACUGCGCGCCUCUCCCAGGUCUCAGCUCCGGGCGGGGAGCAGUGGCCGCUACCGACAGCGCAUGUCCCGCUCUUAUCCAACUCUUCCAGGCCCCACCUCCCUGCACCCCUCCCCUCCAUAGAGCAGGGGAGUGAAGGGGUGUGUCGGGCGGGGAAGGGGCCAAGGACAUGUCUUUGUACCCUGAGCAUCCCCAGGGAGGGGAAAUGGGGAAGGGGGCCUGGAGAGGGGAGGUGGGGCCCCCUGUGCUCUCUGAACAAGUUAAAAGUCCAAAUAAAACUUACCUGUUCCAUCUGU